AUGUCUGCCUUUGCCUCCUUGCCCGAGAUCCUCCAGCCCAAGGAGGAAGAUAUCCAAAUGAUGUUGUCUGCGGGUGUCCACACUGGAACCCGCAACUCCGACUCCAAUAUGCAGGAAUAUAUCUGGCGCCGCCGUAACGAUGGUGUGCACAUUCUCAAUAUUGGCAAAACCUGGGAAAAGCUCGUUCUCGCCGCUCGUGUGAUUGUUGCCAUUGAAAAUCCUGAGGAUGUCAUUGCCAUUUCUGCCCGUCCCUACGGUAUGCGUGCCGUCCUCAAGUUCGCCAACUACACCGGCGCCCAGGCUGUGGCCGGACGAUGGACUCCGGGUACUUUCACCAAUCAGAUCACCAAGCAGUUCAAGGAACCCCGCCUUUUGAUCAUCACCGAUCCCCGUACGGAUAGCCAAGCCGUCAAGGAAGCGUCUUACGUAAACAUUCCAGUAAUUGCUUUUUGCGAUUCCGACUCUCCUCUCCAGUACGUUGAUGUUGCCAUCCCGGCCAACAACAAGGGAAAGUACUCCAUUGGCCUUCUGUACUGGCUCUUGGCUCGUGAAGUCCUGCGACUCCGUGGAUCCAUCAGUCGCAAUGAAUGGGAAGUUCCGGUUGACCUUUUCUUCCACCGUGAUCCCGAGGAGCUCAAGAAGAACGAAGAGGAACAAGCU